UGCAGUUCUUCGGUCUCGCCAAGUUGUUCAUCCUCACUGCUAUAGCAGUCGCAGGUAGCGCCAGCCCGACCCCCGAGGCUGCUCCCGCCAGCUUCAUCUGGACUGACGCUGAGUUCGACCACUGGCUCGCCACCACCGAUGCCGAGAUCACCUACUACGGCAACACGGCGCCGAAUCCGCUCGCUCCUCGUGCGACACUCAACACCAGGGUCACAUAUUGCAGCACUCGAAUUGAGAACCUCUGCGGUGGAGCCUGCACAGUCUACGACGGCGGCGCCACGUGCCUUGACGCUCCCAACACCAAUUGCCUCGCAGCCACUAAUAAUGUCGGGUUUUGCGAUCGCGGUGGGUGCGGUGGGAGCUGCCACCAGCUAUCCACCUGCGGGACUCGUCUUGACAAUGGGUUCUGCUACACCCCUGGCACGAGGUCUAUCGCCGUUGGCUCCUAGA